CAAAUAUCUAUUGAUAACUAAUUAAAUUCUAAGAAAUCAAGCAUUGACAAGCUAACUAAUACUUUUAGUUUUAAAAAAUUAUAAAUGGAUAGGAAAUCUUAAUCUCCUUAAAAAUAAGGAAUUUAUGUGAAGGAAUAGAAUAAAAGAUCCCCAUCAUCAAUGGCUGAAUUCAAUUAGAUUUCACACAGUAACAUUCCUAAAGCAACAAAACCAUUUACACUUAAUCAUAUACCUGUUUAGAAACCAUUAGUUAAGUUCCCUCCAAUAAAAUAGAAAGUUGUAAUUGGUACAAAAGGGAUAGGAUCAUAGUAAAAAGCAUUGAUUUAAAAGCCAAUAGAAGAGAAGAAAAUGAACUAUUAUACAUAUAAUAAAUUGGUAGGAGAAGCAGAUGGAGGUAAAGAAUUAAGUAAAGAGUAAUUCUAAGAAAUUCUUUAAAAAUAUCACGAGUCAUGGUAAAAUAGAGUUUAUGUUCAUUUUGCAAGAACUGAUAUCUUCAAAGAAUGUGUUCGUGUAAAACCACCAUGCCUGUGCUUUUGUGGUCAUCACUUUAAAACUCAUGAAUGGUGGGAUUCUUAAACAAAAUAAAUAAAAUGCAGAGCACCUGGGUGCCAAUGUGGAAAAUAUAGGUAUUUACAUCAUUAAGGAAGCUGGUUUUUGAUGUGCAAAUGUAAGCAUACAGCAAUUGACCAUAACCCAAAUGGAGCUCCAGGGCCUUGUUCAAAGGCUGGCUGUGUUUGCCCAGGAUUUCAAACAAGUUUUUCAUGCUAAUGUGGAGGAUCUUGGUAAAACCACGAUACUAUAGUUGACACAGAAGAAGAAAGAAGAUAAUAAGGUAAACCAGUAGAUACUGAUGUAGUGAAAACGAGACUAAAAGAUAAGUAAGUUGAAGGUUGUGGUAAAUGUAUGGGCUGUAAGAAUAGAAUGCCUUGCUACAAUGGAAGAAAAUGA